CUGCCAUUGCCGCUUGUACUCCUAUACAAUCAGAUCAAACAAAUAAUCCUAAUUUAAAUCCAGCAGUUGAAGAAAAGCUUUCGCCAAAUAAUUCACCUUUUACUCUAAAAAAAGUCAAAAAUUCGAUUUCAAAUAUCAAAUCAUCCUUUAAAGGGUUCGAAUCAGUGGCAAGUUUAGUAUCUCCUUCAGCAAAAAGAGGGAAAAAAUCUGUUGCAAUUGAUAAAACAUUGGUACAUGACCUUGUAUAUAAAGCUGAAUCUCCUGAUGAAGCUGCUUUAGUUUCUGCCGCAAAAAAUAUUGGAUUCGCCUUUUUGGGUCGAACAACUGAAUCAAUGACUGUUGACAUUUUUGGUCAAGAAUAUGUUUUUGAUAUAUUAAAUGUUUUGGAAUUUAAUUCCUCACGUAAAAGAAUGAGUAUAAUAGUUCGUCGUCCUGAACCACUAGGUGGUGGUAUAGUACUAUUUUGUAAGGGCGCAGAUAACAUUAUCUUUGAACGUUUAGCAAGUGGUCAAGAACAAUUGAUUGAAAAGACUUCAGCUGAUAUUGAUGAAUUUUCUAAUGAUGCUCGAAUGCAACCUUCACAUGAUUUAUUUGAACUUAAAGCAUCGACCGCCAUUCAAGAUCGUUCUUCGAAAAUUGACGUCUGUUCCGAGGAAAUCGAAAGGGAACUUAUCCUCUUGGGUGCUACUGCAAUUGAAGAUAAACUUCAAGAGGGCGUUCCAGAUUGUAUAGCAAACCUUCGAAGUGCGGGAAUUAAAAUUUGGGUUUUGACAGGUGAUAAGUUAGAAACAGCUAUUAAUAUUGGGUUUGCAGCCCAAUUAUUGACAAAGGAAAUGAGGCUCUGGAUUGUAAAGGGUUCAAAAAAAGAUUCUGUCGCAGAACAACUUGAUCAUGUUUAUACAUCUUUGAUACCUAGCAAUGAUGAACAAAAAGAUGAAACGGGACCCGAUGAUACACAUGCUUUUAUAAUCGAUGGUUCUGCCUUAAUUCAUCUGCUAGAUGAUGAAAAAUCACGUCAGAGAAUACUUGAAUUGUCUGAUUAUUUUCAUUCUGUAAUAUGUUGUCGUGUUAGUCCUUUACAAAAGGCCCUGAUGGUAGAAUUAGUACGAAGAGGAAAAAAGUCCACAACACUAGCAAUAGGUGAUGGUGCAAAUGAUGUGAGCAUGAUUCAAGCCGCUAAUGUCGGUGUUGGCAUUUCGGGACAAGAAG